AUGGGCGUUGAAAUUUUUAAUAUGGCGACUUUUGAGGCGCCCCAAGAGGCGAAAACGUUUACCGGAUCGUCACGCGCGGACGUCGCUUGCUUUGCAGGCUCUGGGUCUGGUAAACGAGACGUCUCAAAACAACACUUUUAUCCGGAUGGAGCUGGCAAGUGGGGCGGGGGCGCGGACCUCGAGUUGAGAGGCUUAAUCGAGGAGCCACCCUCCACACCACCCUCCCCUCUCAUUCCCCUUCCAUCCUUCUCCUUUUUUGAGCUGGCAAGCGGCGGCGCAGACAUGGAGCUGAGAGGCAAGUUGAAGGAAGCACCGUCCACACCACCCUCUCCCCUCAUACCCUCUAGCAAGCAGCGGCGCAGACAUGGGCUGGCAAGUGGCGGCGCAGACAUGGAGCUGAGAGGCAAGAUCGAGGGGAUGGAGCUGGCAAGCGGCGGGGCAGACAUGGAGCUGAGAGGCAAGAUCGAGGAGCUGCGAGCAGUCUCGUCAGCCAGCGUGGCGCAGACCAAUUCAUCAAUGGAGCAGAUGCAGCAGCAGUUUGCGGCUCUGAGCCGGAGGCUGGGGGAGCUGGACAGGAGGGUGACGUCAGCCAUGCAGGACCCCACCAUGCGCCUCGUGCUGCAGGGCAGUGCCCCGCUCUUCUCCCCCUCCCUGGGGGAAGGGGAGGACCGCUCUUCUCCCCCCUCCCUGGGGGAGGAAGGGGAGAGAGGGGGGGAUUCGGAGAGGAGAGGGGAGGGUAGUCAAGGAGUGGGGAGUGAGGGGGAAGAAGCGGGGGAGGGAAAUGGCGAGGCAGGGGGGAGUGGAGAGGCGAGAAGGGGAAGUGGGGGGAGUGGUGAGGAUGCGAGGAGGGAAGGUGGGGAGAGGAGGGAGGAAGGUGGGGGAGGGAGCGAUGGUGCAGGGGCCGAUGGUCACGCGGGUGAAGGUGCUGUUGGGAGCAGCAGUGCAAGUGGUAAUCCUGCCGUUGCUGGUAGUGCUAACACCUAA